CACGCCCCAGGAGCGCCAUCAACCGUUUUAGCAGCCCGGCGCCGCACUGGAGCGCACCGACGGGCAGACACCCCCUUCGGACACCUCGUUGCAAGCGCAGAGCGGCUGAUCGCAGGGCCAGACGGUGGUGGGCAGCGCGGGGACGGCCAUCCCACGGCAGCGCACAGCAGGCGGUUCAAACCAGGCACCGCGGGACAGCGGCCUGGGCGGCUUCCGCGCCAGCGGCCCGGCAGCCAGCCGCGGGAGGCACCAUGGGCGACCAAGUCGUCUACUUGGAAAAGUACAUUGACAGCACCACCUCGCUGCCGGCGGAGCUCAACCGCAUCCUCAACUCCAUCAAGGACCUGGACGAGCGCUCAGACGACCUGGCGGCCCAGAUCCAGGAGAAUGUGGAGAUGGUGCUGAAGAUGCCGCCAGCCUCGGCGGGGGGCCGCAAGGUCGGCGCCGACAGCCAUGAGCUUGUGGCACUGCGGGCGCAGAUUGAGAGCGACCAGCGGCUGCUGAUCCAGUUUGCGGAGGAGAAGGUGCAGCUGGCGGUGCAGGGGUACGACCUUCUGGAGCAGCACCUGACCAACGCUGACGUGGACAUUGUGCACCUGGAGGCAGAGCUGCAAGCGAUGGGCAUGGCGGACAUGGGCGGCGUGUCCAUGGGCGGCCCAGACUAUUCCGGCGGCACCUUUGACGACCCCGCGCCGCCCAAGCGCGCCGCAUCCCGCCUGCGAGACGUCCCCUCCUUUGACUCCAUCGAGCAGGCGGCGCCCGCCGCAGACCCGAAACCCCGGAAAACCACCAUCACGCUCAACCUCUCCCGCCAGAUGUCGGGGUUUGACGCGGCGGCUGCAGCGGGCGAGGCGCAGACGCCGGGAGUAGACUCGCUAGGCAUGGGCGGGGGCAUCCCCAUGAAGCGCCCUCCUGCCACCGUUCCACGCAAGGCCGUCACGCCUGUGCCCCAGGCGGCAGCGCCCGCCAGCGAGGGCUACCAGCGCAACCGGCGGGCGGCGGCGGCCGGCGUGCACGCUGUGGCCGCUGAGGUGGCGGCCAUGGAGGAGGAUGACCUGUCGCCAGCGCAGCAGGUGCGAGGCCCCGGGGCCGGCAUGCAGCCUGGGCAGGUGCAGCAGAUGCAGGGAGGAGCGCACCCCAUGGCCUACUUCCCCUCGUGACCCAUUAAGAAUGGUGCCACCGCCACCGACAGGGCGCCCACUCGCCUGUACCUUUUCAACCCACCCACCCAGCCCUGUUUACACCUGCCAAUCUGGAAGCAGUUGGAGAUUUUUUCAACAAUUGAAAUCGGUUCAAUCGGUCAGUCGGUG